AUGCUCCCCAUAUUUCGCCGCCAAGCGCUCGUGAGAGCUCCUUUGCUAUCAAGUCGUUUUCUUCACGUCUCAAGGAUCCUGUUGAACCAAAAAAGUCCCGAAAACGGCUCCGAAGAACCCGAAAAAUUCGCCGAUCAAAAAUCCACUCCAAACUACAAAAAAAGACCUCUAAGCCGUGUGGCUAUCGGCGGCUCGCUGCAGCUGAAAAAGCUUCCGGUAUCUAAAGGCAUAGAAUUUGCCGCCUGGAGAGCCGUUAUCGUUCUUAUUGUCGGUGGCGGUAUCUUCACAUGGUGGUUUUCCAGAGAGAAGGAGAAGUUGAGAUUACAGAAGGAGGUGGAGGCCAAGAGAGGCGUGGGUAAGCCCUUGAUUGGUGGAAACUUCACUUUGGUGGACGAAAAGGGCGAAACGUUUACCCAGGAGAAUUUGAAGAACGACAAGAAGAAGUUCUCCAUUCUCUACUUUGGUUUCACUCACUGCCCUGAUGUGUGUCCUGACGAGCUCGAUAAAUUGGGCGAGAUGCUUGAAGAUUUGAAGAACAACCUGGGAAUCGAGUUGCAGCCUGUUUUCAUCACGUGUGACCCUGCAAGAGAUAGCCCUGAUGUGAUCAAGCAGUACCUUGAAGAUUUCCAUCCCAGCAUCAUUGGUUUGACAGGCACGUAUGAGCAGGUGAAGAACGUGUGCAAGAAAUACAGAGUGUACUUCUCCACGCCUCCAGAUGUGAAGCCCGGUCAGGACUACUUGGUUGACCACUCUAUCUUUUUCUAUCUUAUGGACUGUGAAGGUAACUUUGUGGAUGUUAUUGGCCGUGAAGUUGAUGCCAAGCUGGGUGCUGAAAAGAUCAAAAAGUACGUCGAGUCGUUCAUUCCAGAGGCCGAGAGAGAGGCCCGGAAAAACUCCUGGUUGGGUUUCCUCUAUAAGUAG